CUCUUUUUCUCUCUUUUCUCUUUUUUCCUUGUUUUUUAUUUUUAUUUUUAUUUUAUUUUUUUCUCUUCUCACUUUGAGAUACGAAAAUAUUAAACGCUGCUAUAUUAGUUCCACUGUUUGUUUUUUAUUCAUUUUUUAUUUAAUUUCAUUUGUUAUGAUAUAUAGAAUAAAAAAAAAAAAAAAAAGUGAAUGGCAGAUUUUUUUUUUUAAGUCAGACGACCAUCUUAUCUAAGGACUACGAACAUAUACUCAUACUGAUAAUCCGCUGUAAUUUCAGCUUUAUUCUGAUCCAACCUAUUCCGCGAGAGUAAUUUCCCUCCCGAAAAUUAAUGCCAACCUUUAAAAGAAACGAAACCUUAAGAUAAUAAUAAAAAUAAAAUAGAAUAAGGAGAAAAAUAAUCUGAAUUCAAAAUAAAAUACGUCCGACUCCCUCUUCCUUCUUCUUAUUAGCAGUUUCUUUGGCGCGAAAAUCCAGUCUCUCCCCGGCGGCCAUCGGAGGUGGACGUGCUUUUCGAUUCUCUCCCGAAAUAUUAAAGGAAUAUCCGCUGAAUGAAAGACCUCCUCCUCCCCCUCCUCCUCCUCCUCCUCCUGCUGCUGGGGGAGUUGGCAGCCGACGUCGCUCCCGAAGAAGGCGCUGACGACGAUGACGGCGACGGCGACGGGAGGGCGAGCAGGCACUACUGCUUCUCCGACGACCCGCGCCCUUACGUGGGGUUCGCUGCCCUGACGCCCUACGCAGCGGCGCGGCCCCAGCAGCCGGCGUUCGAGGACUUCGCUCCUGAAGGAUGCCAGCCUGUCCAGUUGUGGCACUUAAUUCGUCACGGCAGUAGGGUUAUGCACAAGUUCGAGUAUUCAAAGCUGGAAGUUAUGUUGCCGACGCUCAAAAGAAUGAUUCUCAAGUCUCAUAGCUAUGGCAACGGCGAACUGUGCCCCCGGGACUUGGCCCUCCUGCGCGCCUGGAGGACUAGCAAGCUCGACGUAGGGGACAAACGGCAUCUCACUCCUGAAGGGAGGAAGGAGAUCGAGGGCAUCGCGCUGAGGUUCAAGGCAGCCUUUCCCGAGCUGGUGUACAAGCCCUACCACGUGGGGAAGGCGCUGGAGGAGAACGAGCGAGGCAAACCCGGCGAGGGAACUAAGCUCGCCUUCGCCCCCUCCUUCCCGACCUACGACAGCGCCGUCACGUACCUCGAGACUCUGUAUGGGCGCAACUGGGGUCACGUGGGCCUGGAUUUAAACGGAUCUCCAGCCUUGCAGUAUUUCUACUUCUGCCGGAACUACAUCUCGAAAGUAUUAAUUUGCAGUAAGAAGAAGAAACCUUUUCAUAACUUCAUCACAGGGAAGUUUAUGGAAGGAGUUAUCAGCAGGGUUUCCAAAAGACUGGGUGUUACCGUGACCAUAGCCAAACUCCGCGCCAUGUACAACGCGUGUCGGUACCAAAAGGCGUGGAGACCAGAGAAGCCGUCUGCCUGGUGCGCUUGCCUUCACUCCACGCGAUCUGGAGGUGUUGGAGUACUGGGAGGACCUCCGCAUGCACCACGACCUGGGCCAUGCUCACGCGAUCACGUCCAAGCAGGCGUGUCUUCUGGGGAGUGAUUUGUUGCUUCAUUUCCGACACCGAGUGAAAGACAACGUUACAGAUAUUGACUCCACGACCUAUUUCGUCAGCAUGGAAGCUAUGGUCCCGUUCCUCUCCCUUCUGGGUUUGUUCAAGGAUUCAGAGCCACUCACAGAGGAAAAUAUUAACCCAGAUCGAGUGUGGAAGACAUCUCAGUUCGCGAGCUUUGGGAGCAACUUGGCUUUCAUACUCUCCUCGUGUAAAGACAACAGCUGGUGGGUGAGCGCUCUCCUGAACGAAGUCAGGAUACAGUUGCCGGGGUGUGAUACUGUCUUUGGCUGCUCCUGGGAGAGGUUCGUGGAGGAAUUCGAUUACCUUGAGAACUGCGACUUCCCUGUCUUGUGUGGGGGCAUUUCGUAUCAGCUGAGGCGGUCACAAACCUUGCAACUGCUGUACAUCAUGAACAACUGGGUGUAAGGUGAUCAGCUGAUGUGAAAUGCGAAGAAGAAUUUGUGAUUAACGAAAGCUGUUGAUGGCUGUUUUGACUUGCAAGUAAUUUUCAUCAAUGGAAAGAACUUUGUUGUUAAACAAGGAAGAUUACUGUCUGUGAUUUUUUUUUCUGUAUCGUUUUUUUUUCUUUUCUUUUUUUUUUGUAAAUUUUCAAGAAUUUUAUAGCUUAUGUUUAUUAUUUUGAUUUUGAAGAUGUAGAAUGAACUUCUGAACUUCCUUAAACGAGGAAAUACUUUCUCUGUAUAAGGAAUAAAGCUAUAUUUCGGCA